AAGCUACACUUCACGGUGUAGCGUAUUUUAUGACAUGAACUGGGAGGGAGUAACCGUCAGGAAUAUGACGGCAAAUGGUCAGGAAUUUAGUUCUAUCAAAACUGGUCAGAACCGGAUUAAUCAGUCGACUUUAGCGUGGGUUAGAUAAACACAAAGAAAAAUACGCGUUUUGGUUGAUAUACAAAGGAAAUUAGCAUUUUAAUCUUAUUUGAAGUCUAUUGAUAUUGAUUUUAUACAGUUAUUUAAUUGGAAUUUGGAUUCGGAAUACAUAAACAAGAAAUGCCAGGGCAAGGAAAGGCUAAGUCCAAGCAAAAACAGGGUAUGGCGUCGAAAAGCGCACCACGGUCCACUGUGAAAAGGAAAGCUGUGACAACAAAUUCAACACAGCCGCCUAAACAGCCAAAAAGACAAUCGGUAGUGGAAGAUCCAAAUCAAGAUGCUAACAAUGAACUUGAUGCCAUGAACGGCGACAUUAUGUCAGAACGAUUAGAAAAACUUAUAGAGUCAAAAAUAAAUGACAUUGUGAAGAGAUCUCUGGCUAAACUGGACCACGAAACCCUUUCCGAUGCCACACAACAAUGUACGAAACCUACCAAGGACAGCGUCACAGUUCCAUCCGGGUCAGAAGAAAAGUCAAGGGAAGACAACCAGCCUUCAGCAUCUACGUCUAGCUUAUCUACGUCAGGUACUGGUGACUCUGGGUGUUUUAGCUCUUUAACUUUACAAACCUCACCUACUAUCCCACUAUAUGCAUCGGUUCCCACCAAAAUCAAAGAAAAAAUUUGGUCAAAUGAAUAUUUAGAUUUCUCCACUGCAUUUAAUAAGACACAGGAAUCCUUCCAAUUUACAAUUUCACAGGAAGGCGUUUCCUCCAUUAACCAAACCCAUGUUAAAAAGUUCAUAACCAUAGAACAAUGGACGGACACAUUUGCCAUAUUUUCCUCGGUCUACAGACAAAGGUAUCCAGAACAAGCUGAGCAAUUAGCACAGUAUGGCAAUACUAUCAGGUCAAUUGCAAAAGCAAGAGGUAAUUGGCAUUUCUAUGAUACCAAUUUCCGGCAGCUCCGUCAACACCACCCUGUCCCUUGGGACUCAAUUCACCAUGAGCUUUUUAUCAAGGCCCACAAUCAGAAACAGCCCUUUCGCUUCACGGGCCCAAAAACGGGCCAGCCAAGAAAAUCCUGCCACAAAUUCAACAGGGGCGAACACUGUCAGGGAUGCAAUUACCCCCACAAGUGUAGGAAUUGCUUUGGUAACCACCCCCAGUUUAGGUGCUGGAAAAAGUCUGGAGAAGCAUCCCAGCAAAACCCCACCUCUACCUCAGUUCAAACCCCCUCAAGUAGGCCAAACCUUCAAGCAAAUAAGUUCUCCCAGAAAUAAUCAGACGGAUAUUGUUACACCGGUUCAUUGGGAAAACCUGUCAGACUUACUCAGUGGUUAUGACCCAAAAUUAAAUAAAUAUCUUGUCAACGGUUUCCGCUGUGGUUUCAAUAUAAAUUUUCAAGGUUCCAGAACCAGCUCAAAUAGCCCAAACCUCAAAUCCGCAAAAGACCAUGCUUCGGUGGUUGCUGCAAAACUUUCAAAAGAACUCGAAGCAAAUCGAAUUGCAGGACCUUUUACUGAAAUACCGUUAGAAAAUUUCAGAGUUUCCCCAAUUGGCGUUGUACCCAAAAAAGAGCCGGGAGAGUUCAGAAUGAUACACCACCUGUCAUAUCCCCGCAACUCCGGUGAUUCGGUUAAUGAUCAGAUACCUUCCUCAUGUACAGAGGUUUCCUAUGAGUCUAUUGAGGAUGCCAUAGCUAACUUAAAAUUUAUGGGUAGAGGUGCAUUCAUGGCAAAAACAGAUAUACAGUCAGCUUUUAGAAUCAUACCUGUCCAUCCGGAUGACCGCAGUCUUUUAGGUUUCAAAUGGUCCAACCAGUUUUACUAUGAUAAAUGUCUUCCUAUGGGUGCAUCCUCUAGCUGCCAGAUCUUUGAAACAUUUAGCACAGCGCUCAAAUGGAUAGCUAAAAACAAAUUUGGGAUUCGCUGUAUAGUUAAAAUUCUCGAUGACUUCCUCUUUAUAGCGCCCACUUUCGCCGAGGCACAAAAAGCCCUCAGUUCUUUCUGUAAGAUGUGCAAUAUUCUAGGCGUCCCUCUUAAUGCCGAUAAGACAUUUGCCCCUAGUACAGUCAUGACAUUUCUUGGGAUCACAUUAGAUUCUGUUUUAAUGCAGGCAAGGUUACCAGACGAUAAGUUGGCCAAAGCAGCGUCUCUCCUGCAGGAAUUGUGCAACAAAAAUACUUGCACAUUGAGAGUUCUUUUAUCCCUGAUAGGCUUGCUUAACUUUGCAUGUUCGGUUGUCAAACCCGGAAGGGCCUUUCUGCGAAGACUGAUAAACUUGUCAAUAGGGGUUAAAAAACUGCAUUUUAAAGUAAAACUAAGACCAUCUGCCAGAGCAGAUAUGCUAAUGUGGUUAAAGUUCCUGAAUGAUUUUAAUGGGGUAUCAAUGUUUAUCAAUGACAAGUUACUGACAAGCGACAACCUCUUUUUGUAUACUGACGCCUCCGGAGCGAAGGGUUAUGGCGCUGUUUAUAAAAGCAACUGGUUCUUUGGGGCUUUUCCUGAGGAGUGGCAUAAAGCCAACAUAACUUUCCUUGAAUUCUAUCCAAUACUUUUAGCUGUUUUCACUUGGGGGCAUCUUUGGAAAAAUCACACCAUUGUUUUUUGCACUGACAAUGAAGCUCUGGUAGCUAUCAUCAACAAACAAUCUUCAAAAUUGAAUUCCAUUAUGUUUCUAUUAAGGAAACUAGUACUGUAUUGUCUUCAGCAAAAUAUUCAUUUCAUAGCUCGGCACGUAAAGGGCAAAGACAAUAGCAUAGCUGACGCUCUCUCUCGCUUUCAGAUUCAGCGUUUCAGACAGUUAGCUCCCUUCUGCAACCAGGAACCAGCAACAAUAAGCCAAGCCCUUCAGCCGAAGACAUUAUGCAAGGAGUUGAAAGUCUGUUAAGUGCAUCACUAGCUCCGGCUACUUUGGCGACAUAUAGGCGAGCAUGGGAACUAUUUUCCCAAUUCUCCGGUCUAUUUUUUGAUGGUAAAAUAAAAAUACCAAUUUCUGCAUCUAAAAUGGCUCUCUUUGUAGCUUUCUUACAUCAAAAACCAAUGACCUCUAAAUCCAUAUCUACAUAUCUGUCAGGUAUAAGUUACAUCCACAAACUUGCUGGUAUGAAUGACCCUUCUGGUCACUUUCUGGUCACAAGCCUCGUUAAAGGGGCACAACGUCUCGCUCCUUCUUAUGACCUACGGUUACCAAUCACUGUUACCGUAUUAAACAAACUAACGGACGCGCUGCAACAUACAUGCGAAACCUAUUAUCACCAAAAGCUAUUCAUAGCCAUGUUCUUGUUUGCAUUCAACGCUUUUGCCCGAUGUAGCGAGAUUACUCUAUCAAAACCAGGCACGAAGUCUUUUAUCUUAAAGUUAGCUGAUGUAGAGUUAACAUAUAAAGAAAAGAAGCCGACAACAGUCACAGUUACGUUUAGAUAUUUCAAGCACAAUUACGGUAAACCUCAUGUACUUUCAUUCUCACAUGGGCAUACGAAUAUUUCACCACCUGUUGCAAUGCACGAUUACCUUACUCUACGAGGUAGACAUGACGGUCCUUUGUUUGCUUUGACAUCAGGCCUACCAGUCCCACGCAAAAUGUUUGAAAAGAAACUUGCGUCCACAUUAAAUUUCUGUGGACUUGACGGAAAAAAAUACAAAUCACACAGCUUUAGGAUAGGAAAAGCUACCGACUGUGCCCAAAGAGGCUAUUCUGAUGCAAAAAUUAGGUCCUUGGGUCGGUGGAACAGCAAUGCCUUCCAAAAAUAUAUACGAAACUCUGAAUAGGGCUCAUGAAAAUAGCAUGCGGCAUGCUGGGGCUUGCGGUAUGUGUUUUAUUUUCACAAUAAAUAAUGUUCUUGAGCAUAGACCCAUUUUCAGAUAUGCGCCAAGGUUAUAUGCUGGGGCUUAUAGCCUAUUAUUACAUGCAUAAGGUACUCUACACCCAGAGUUAUCAGGUACUAUUACCAAUUGCUCGCAUUAUGUUUAGUUGUUUCAUAUUUCAGUUGUAUGUAAUUGUUUAUAGCACACUAUAUUGUCAGUUUAACAUGUAUGGUUAUGUGCUUGGGCUCAUAGCCGUUUUUAACACUUGGUUCUAUUUUUACUUACUUUGUAUAUAAUUUUGUGACUUUUAACGAUUACAAUAUUUCUUCAUUCAAGUUGAAAACAUGAAGGUUUAAAGGUUAUGUGCUGGGGCUUAUAACCGUUAAAACACAUUUUUAAAUUUCAGUCUGAUCAGUUAGAGUCUGUAGUUUCAGCAUGAUGCAGUCGGUUCUGUACGAAAUACGUUAUUGUCGCUAUUUUGUUGAAAACGAUACACACUUCGUAUGAUUAGAUGUACCGAUGUAAGAAUUUGUAAUAGAUAUAUAUUUUUUAUUUUUCUGGAGAAAUCAUGCUGGGGCCUGAUACCUUCAGAUGUUUAUUAACUUUGUUCUUACAGUUUCAUCAGUAGUUGUAUCUUGUACAUAGCAUACAUGUAUUACAUUGAUAUCAAAUAUAUUUGUGUUUAAGCCUUGUUAAAGGCAGAUUUCAUAAUCGCGUAUUACAUUCUGCUUAUGCAGGAUGAUAUCAGUAACAAAGGGGAAAAUAGUUCAAGACAACAUAUGAUACUGAUAACUUGAUUAUAUUUCAAUUCACACAUACAUGAGUGAUGAAUGUUUCACUGUUUUUAACAUUUCGAAUUCGAAUACGAAAUCCAUAAACAAAGGUUGUGUAUAGAUAUAGAUGUACAUAUUAAUUUUCCCUUUCGGUACCAGUAUUAAGGGUUUCAACCCUAAAGUUAGACUUUCAUGUUUAAAGUCAGUUUACGCAAUAUGUUUAAACUACUAGUAUCGGUCCCUUUUUCUGCAUUGAUGUGCCAAAUAUGUGUGCCAAAUAGGUGUAAUGUCUAUUUUCGCUUGUUUAUUUCAUCGUAAAGUUUGAACUAAACAUCAUGAAUGUCUAUUUGAUAAUUAUAAUUUUGUUGUAAAUAUUUAUUUCCGAAUGCUCAUCAUGCCAGUAUAAUCUGUUCUAGUCAAGCAUAUACAUGUAUACUGUUACUACAUGAAUAUUUUACAUCAUGUCUUUAACUGGGUGCCUCCUUGCCAUACAGCACCUCCCUGGACGAAAUGUGGGGCAGAUAGAAAUUUAGCAAAUAUCUAUCUUUUUGGCCAUUUCGAACGAACCCUUCACAUUUCGUUACCAUUCGUUAAUCUUGUACAUCUGUUUUCACUGACUGUUUUAUAGAAAAAUGAUUUCCAAUGCAACGCUUAUACAUUUGUAUUACAAUUCAAUGAUUAUCUCUUAUAUGUUGUACAAAUAAAUAAGGUCAUCCCAUGACCAUUUAACAACAGAUAUGUGUUAAGUUUUCUCUCCCAGUAAGGGUCAUAAAGGGAAGCUACACUUCACGGUGUAGCGUAUUUUAUGACAUGAACUGGGAGGGAGUAACCGUCAGGAAUAUGACGGCAAAUGGUCAGGAAUUUAGUUCUAUCAAAACUGGUCAGAACCGGAUUAAUCAGUCGACUUUAGCGUGGGUUAGAUAAACACAAAGAAAAAUACGCGUUUUGGCCCACCGCCAUCCCCUGCACCACUGUAGUUAUUAAAAAUACAAGGAGGUACCCAUGUCAAAAACUUUUUAAUGUUAUUGUUUUGUCUGCUAUUACGAACAAACCCCCUACAUUUUGUGUCCAUUCAAGAAUUUUAUACAUUGCUUUACAGUUUUGCCAUUUCGAACGAACCCUUCACAUUUCGUUACCAUUCGUUAAUCUUAUACAUCUGUUUUCACUGACUGUUUUAUAGAAAAAUGAUUUCCAAUGCAACGCUUAUACAUUUGUAUUACAAUUCAAUGAUUAUCUCUUAUAUGUUGUACAAAUAAAUAAGGUCAUCCCAUGACCAUUUAACAACA